AGAGCGAACCUUUAAGAACUAGGGACCGACCUGGCUUCUCCGCCACACGUCCUCCGGCUCCAGAGACAUCACGUCGCAGUUCCAGCCACCAUGGGGUCCUCACCGCUGCCGCUUGUGCUGCUGCUCGUCGCCUUCGCCGUUGCCGCCCAGCUGCCAUCAUCUCUGAAAACCUGCAAGCAGACUGACCCAGACUUCAACGGCUGCUUGAAGAAGGCUAUUAUGGAUGCUGUGCCAAUACUGAAAAAAGGUAUUCCGAGUCUCGGCCUUCCGCCACUUGACCCGUUGCACUUUACGCAAAUCAAAAUCAAUGACUCACCUGACCGGCCAGUCUCCCUAAACCUGGAAUUCAACGAGGUGGACAUUACUGGCAUUGGCAAUGGCAUCGUCGACUCCAUCGAAAUGAAGCCGGGAAGUUACAACUUGAAGGCAAAGCUGCAUGCCGAUUCGCCCUUCUCGCUGAUUGGACAAUACAAGGCAGAUGGCAAGGUUCUGGUGCUGCCUGUUAAAGGGGAGGGAAACAGCAACAUAACGGCACCUAGACUGGAAACCGAUGUGGAGCUAAGUGGACAGCCAACUGAACGAGAUGGACAGGUGUUCUGGGACGUGACGGACUUUAAGGUCGACCUCAAGUUGAACAAGUUGUCGAUGGACUUGACAGGAUUGUUCAACAAUGACAAGGCAUUAGCUGAUAACACACUCAAGUUCCUGAAUGAGAAUUCUGGAGAGAUUACAAAGGAGCUGAAACCGGCUAUAGAUGAAGCUCUGGGCGUCUCCUUCAAGGAAAUGGCCAGGAAGGUGUUUGGAAGUGUUCCCUACAACUCAAUCUUUCCACCUUCAUGAAGUGGAGUGAGAUGUAGGUUUUUCCUUAGGAAAAGUACUUCAUUAGUCAUUCACAAAGGUGAACGUUAGUUCAGCCCAAUAUCGUACACUGAUGUGCUCUAUCAUACUUCUACUUUACAGAAACAAUAAAAUAUGAACAUUACUUUCCCAGAAAUAAAUGACUUUGCUUCAAUUUCUAUAGCUACUUUGCCCAUUAACAAACUGCAUUUGUUUCAAAAUUUAUUCCAGAAAAUGCUUUGUUAAGUCUUUAGGGCAUUCUAGUCCAUCUACUCUGAUGCCAUUAGACUUUAAUAAAUAAGAUACCAGCACCAUGUAGGCUAUGUUUAAUGUGUGCAGUUCAAACGAUUCUCGUUCUAUAAUUCAUAUAUUUCGAAUAAUAAAUUCCUUUCUAAAAAUCAUGGUAUAAUAGUCGUUAUAAAUUAUUUUGUAACAUAUUGUUAACAUGCAGAGUCUAAUUAUAAGAAUGAGUAGCUCAUUAAAAAGAGUUUCAUCAUAAAAACAUGCUAUUGUAUGCCAUCACAAAAAUAUAUUUCCCAUAAUUUGCCAGAUAACUGUAAAUAAAGUACACUCCUACAUUUAAAAUUAAAAACUGGGGUUAUAAUUUCAA